AUGUUUAGAAACGUGUUUGUUCUUUUACUAGCAUUUUUUUGUUUCCUGAAGCAUCUAGUUCAUUGUGACACGAUAAUAGUAGAUUCUAGUGAUCCCAUCGAUAACUUUGAUAAAGAAACCGUUUUGAACCUUGAAGAUAAAGUUUUUAACAUAUUUUUAGACAAAAGUGCCACAAGCAGAAAUAUAGUAACUAAAUACCAAAGUGUCUUAAAAAAUAGCACUACCAUAAAUGAAUCAUGUGAUUAUGUUAAGGAUUUAAUAAAAGGACGAAAUCUAAAAUAUUUUGACGAAUUAGAGACAACGAAAUAUGCAAAUUCAGAUGACAUAUAUACGUUUUCUAUCUACGUAUAUACAGCUACAAGUGACGAAGAUAUAAAUAAAAUUUACAAGAAACACCCUAAUUAUAUAUCUUAUUUAACUGUAUGCAAAGAAGGUGACGUUUUUGAUAAUCCCGACGAUGCUAAAGAGAACAAAAACGUUUAUCACACCAAUCCGACUAUCUUAUCUCAGGAAAUGAUAAUUCUUUUAAUGAUUUUUUUCCUUUUUAUUGGAUUCUACGCUUUAGUAAAUAUUAAUACCCCAAGAAUGUUCGAAGAAAGACAAUUAAUGAUAAAUAAAGAGCAUUAA